UGAGUUUUCCCUUAGCUUUUUGUAAACACACAUCUAUUUUCUUUACCUUCGUAUAUCCACAAACAAAAUUCAAAUCGUAGCAAUGAGUUUGGCUGAGGAAACUAGUAGUUCUCUUGAGGUGCCGUCGAAUAGCUUAGAAGUCGAUGAUGAACUGGAAUUAUGGAGCAUUGAUCAAGAAACCCAAGAACUUAUUUCCAAGAGCUGUAUGAAACAGGAAAAUGAUUCAUGGGAGAAACUACCCGAAUGCGGUCUCGAGCAAAUGGGCUUUUUGGAACCGACCGAGGAUAUUGAGUUCCAGUUCUCCUGCAGCAAAGAGUAUAUGAUCCGAGGGAUCACCCAUAUGUUGGAGAACAAGAAAUGCACUGAUCUGGUGGUCCAUGUGGGAAAUCAGUCCUUCAAAUGUCAUCUGCCCGUUUUGCAGGUGUGCACAGGGUAUUUUAAAAAACUCAGAAAAGUGGAUGUGGUCACCUUGGGUACGGAUGAUAUAACACCGAAGGGUUUUGAACUGGCAUACGAAUGGAUGACACAUCCGAAUGCCAAACCCUCCCGAAAACACAUAGUGGAACUCUAUUUGGCCGCCAAUUUCCUGGACAUGCCGGAACUGAAUGCCCAUAUCUGGUGUCGAUUGGACAAUCCCAAGUUGCUGAAUGGUUUCGAAGCUUUUCGAUUGUAUUUGCAGUGUUUGCCCUUAAAAGCGGGCGUGUUGCAGGAACUGAUGCUGGGUCGCAUUCAUGACUAUUUCCUGGUGGCCGUUGCCACCGAGGAGUAUCUCGAAUUGGAACCACGUCACGUCUUUGAGAUGCUCAGUCACAUAAAUAUGUGCGUUAAUUCCGAGAUGGAGAUGUUUAUGAGCGGUGUGAGAUGGUUAUUCUACGAUUGGCGAAAUCGAAAAGAGUUCGCGGUGGCCAUAAUGCAGGCGAUACGCUUUAAUCUGAUGCCAGCAUGGUACACCACUGUGCUGAAGACCAAACACUCGGAUGAGAAGUUUCAGGAAUUGCUGGACAUGCCGCAGAUACAAUCGAUGAUCAACCUGGGCCUGUCCUUCUCGAUAACCCAUAACUUUUUGGAUCCCACAUCGCCGCUGAAGGAGCCGCUCCAGAUGGAGAAACCCCAUGAAAGGCAGUGGGUCUUCAGUCCGAACAUUCGACAUCACCACCGAUACGAGUGUCCCAAGUGGCGUUACCUGAAUCUGGACGUUUUCAACGAGUACAUGCAGCACAUCAUCAAUGCAGGCUAUGGGUAUGUGCCCUCCCUCGAGUAUUUGAACCCCGGCCAGAUGAUGUCCUGCUGCCAAGAGGCCCUGGAAAAGAAAUCAUUAAAUAAAUAAGCCAGUAGAGA